AAGUAUUAUUGUGUUUCACCUAGCAACCAAAUAAAUGGAAGAUGUUCAUGGCCCAAAAGGAACAUGAAACCAUUUUAAGUGCAUGCUCAAUGUGUUUGCGGGGGAAGACCUUAUUUAUUCAGAAUAUUUAUAUUUUAUUAAAUAACUAGACAUAGAUUAAAAUGCACCAAGAGGUUAAAUAUGGAGAGCGUCAGGAUGCAAAAAACUGGCACUUGACUAGUACUGGAGUUGGUCACCACUACCGACCAGGUUACUUCUUUCCAGAUUCAGAAUUUAAGGUUUGUAAACUUUUAGUGUAAAUAAUUGGUGUAUUUUUAAAACUAUUUAUAUUAACCAUAUCCUUAACUAGAAAUUUUAAUUGAAUAAUAAUAAGAUUAAGUCUGGGCUUACUUGUCUACUUAGCGUAUAUUACUUUUAUUGAACAUUAAUUUGAUUGUUUGAUGAUUAACUCUGAUCAUAAUUAAAUAAUUAAAACUAAAACCUAAGACUAAGAGUAACAGAAUAUUAAUUUCUAAAUUAAUGAGUCUCAACUACUGGUAGGAAUCUUUUUGUAUACAUUGAAGGCAUAUACAUACUUGUAUUUGAAUGUGUAUUUAAAAUGUUCAAUGAUCAAUGUUAAUCUAUUUACAAAUGAAAAUAAAAGCAGCAAAAACCUUCAUUUAUAUGAACUACAUCUGUUUUGACAACUCUAUUAGACUUUGCUGAGAGAGCCCUUACCACCCAGUCUAGCUAAAGAAGAUGAAGUGACAAAUGAUAAACCAUUUUUAACAACAAAGGAAUAUUUCCAUGAUAGAAAAUACCCAGGUCUGUUGUACAAAGAUCCUGAACAUAAGAAGGCCCCAGGGCACUGGAAGGUUACAUAUAUGAAGGAUCUCACAGAGAAGGUACAUUUAGGGAAUUUUUAGAUAUGUAUACUAUUAAUAACACAAGGGAUAACAUCUUCACAGAGUAUUCUCUGUGAAUGAUUAGAUUAGCUGUAAUUUAUUAUGAUUUAAGAUUAAAACUUUGUGUUGAGAAAGUCAUAUCCAUCCAAUAUUACCUUUCAUUGGGGUUUUUGGGAUACCUUUCUUAAAAAUUUAGAUUUCUAGAUCUCUGAAAAGGGGCAAAAACUGGUUAAGCAAGAUUGGGUAAUCUGACUUUCAGAUUCUCCCCCAUGAGGCCCACUUUAGUGCAAAUUGUAUUUUCUCAUAGUGUCAGCAAAUUGAUAUUUACUUUUUGUUCUAAGAAGUUAAUAAAUACAUUUCUUGUAGCUUGGACAAGGUGGCUGGCGUCGACCUCUUACAAUGGGCAAUCAGCUAAGUGAAAUGAAGGACCAGUACCAAGCAAAACCACCUGAAGUUAGAGAUAAAUAUAAGUUUGAGGAGGUCUUUCAUCCACAGAACUUUACACUUCAGGACCAUCAUAAAGAAGGACCAUCAAAGGUAAUGUAAUUCUAAUACCCUGAGCCUGUCUGGAUAUCUUUUGAGCAGUGACAAUCUGCUUAGGCAGAGAAAUUAAACUGCAUGGGUAAAAACAUAUAUUAUUUAAGAUGUUUUAAAAAAAUGACUUUAAGAUAUAUUAUAUAUGCAUUUCUGGGCAAAUAAGUGUGACUGAAAAUAUUCAAAGUUUCAAUGAUAUACACCAGGCAUGCACAAACCCCAAACAGCAUGCAACAUCCAGCAGCCCCUGAUUUUAUAUUGCCCCCAGAAUAUAAUUGUUACGCACUGGCUUCUUUUGUGAGAAAUUAAUCUCCUAUUUUAAUUUUAUGGCUCGUUCAAACAGUGCCUAACAAAGGACGAUACCAUAGAGAAAUACAAUAACAAAAAUACGACACCCAAAGCAGUACCAAUUACAAUUAAUAAUAUUUAAUUUAGUAAUAAUACAAUUACAAAAGAAAUAUAAUUACAAAUCAUCAACUUACAGAGUAUCGGAAAAUCUUGUACCGGUACACAAUUAGUAAAAUGUGCCAAUUAAUAAUGAUGAAUGAUGAAUCCGAAAUAAACACAUAUGAGCACACAAAGAAUAAUACAGUUGUCUCACAAAGUUAAUAAUAUCUAUCUGAAUCUCUCCCCUCUCUGUGUCUGUCAAUCCCUUUAUAUAUGCAGCGUAAGCACUGCCUUCCAGAAACUACUCAGCAUUUGUUUACAUUUCUAGAACAAAUCGCGAUCAUUCCACAACAUACUAGUAGACAUACUACCCAUGUUUAAUUGGACGUCGGUAGAAAACACGAUACUUCAAAGACUAAGCCAUGCCCACAACAAACGCUACCGUCUGCUAGGAAUCUAAUGUGGGGUGAAACAAAGUUCAAGCACAGGGAAAAGUGUACUACAUAACAUAAUAUAAAUAUACAUUGUUUAUUUACACAAUUAUAGCAAUAAUGACUGAUAGUUUUUGUGCAUCUGUUUCAUAAAAAUAGAACCAUUUAUUAAGCAGUGAGAAAUAUUUUCUGCUACAAAGUUUUAUUCUGAGAUUUGCACAUAUCUAAAACUGAAGACCUUAAAAUUUACAAUAAAUAAAAUAUGCAGUUGGUGUCUCAUUGAAAACAGGUUGGAGUUGCUAGCACACAGAAUCCAAAACUUCAAGGCAAGCCUUUCUAUGUUAAGGACAAAGGUGUUCUCAACAUUCUUGAUCCCUACCUCAGCACUACACAAAGGGAUCACAGGAUGUUCACCCCAGCUGAACUAAGUGACUACCCAAAGAAAGAUGUUCCAACAUUCUGGGAAUGUGAAAAUUACCCAAAAGCGUGGGGGCAUGGGCUUCACCAUAAGUGAGUUUCAUAAUAAUAUGUAUUCUCGAUGUUACCAGAUUUAUAAAAACAUUUAUGAGUGCAGUUAUUGUUAUAUAAACUAUUCAUUUUUUGGGUAAAAUUUUAAGUAAAGAUAAAGGUAAUUUAGGGCUUAUGUUAUUUGAAACUGCAAUGUAGGAUCACUUUAAUUUUACAGAAUUUAAAUUCUUUAGUAGUAUCAGCAAUACUAUUUCCACUUGUAUGAACCAAAAAUUAUCAUUGUGACUUUUAAUUUGCAUUUGGCAGACUGUCUGAAUUGAAUAAAUUUAAUCUAAAACAGCUCUUUAAUUAUGUGUAUGCAUGCUAUUGGCAUAAUAUAGUACUUAUUGAUAAUAAUAUACAAAAAAAUAAUUUGUGUUAAUUCAUGUGAGAUAUAAUUUUAAUUACUUCUUGAGCUCCUGAGGAGAAUACUGUUAGCGUGCAUUGUUGCAUUUUCAAGAUCCCUGCCUAGAGAAAAUAUGUAUUUAUAAUGUCAAAUUUAUCAUCUGCCAGCCCACUGCCUAAAGAUAAUGUUCCAAGAGACAGGUUACCAAUGAGAGAUGAAAUGGUUUUUAAAACUGCCACAAAAAUUCCUCGACUACCCAAGGCUCCAAUCCCAGUGCCCCAUACGUAAGUUUUCAUACAUACUGAAGUCAUUUCAUUGCUGGUCUUUUAUAAAUAAAGGUCUUAUUAAUCAGGCUUGCUACAAUACUUUUAAAACAUUUUUUUCUGUUUACGAUUAGAAAAUAGUUAAAAGCAAUAAUCAUCACUGGUACAUGUUUUGGAUUUUCCUUCAUCAGGGGUCUGAAGUCAUUGUACGAUGUCUCCUACCAAGUUCCAUCCCAUGUAAACAUGAAAGAGAAUUACUACUGUCCUGUGGAUACUCCUUUCAAGUUGCCAGAGGCGAGCACAAAGUCCAUCUACACAGCACCUAAAAUGUAUGACACAGAGUACCAGAAUAUUGGUAGCCGUAAGCCUAUCACAGUUUCCAAGUAGACUGGCCUACUUCUUCUGAUAAAAUGUUUCAGCAUUGGAGAGUGUAUUUAAUCACUUGUUUAUCACCUUGCAUGAUGUCGUGUGCCAGUAUUGAUGUUGGAAACAAUUCAUUUUUCCAACUCUAGCAAUUAUUUUAGUAAAAAUGUUGACCAAAAAAGAUUAUGGGCCAUCUUUUUUAAAAUACUACCGGUAUAUAAAAUCCCAGCUGUCAUGGGCGCCCGCAGGUAGUGGCAAGGUGGGGCAUUUGCCCACCCCUGGAUUGAUUGGAUAAAAAAUGUUUAGACAAAAAUAGACAAAAAAUUUAUUAAAGUAAAGAGAAAAUAAAGAGAAAGUAACUAAGCUGAUGUCCUGUCCGUUUGGUCACCAUACAAAUAGGCUACAGUAAAUUAAAACUAUAUUAAAACAUUACUAAAAAUUUUUUGCCCCCCCUGGAAAGUUAAUUGAUUUUUUUGGCCCCCCCCUAGAAAGUUUUCUGCGGGCGCCCAUGCAUGCUGUGCAUUAUUUUAUUCAGCAUUGACCUUUCAAAUUAUUCUAAGGCAAUAAGGGAGACCGAUUCAUUGUGAUGAUUAUUCGGAUAUGAUUUUUUAAUCAACUCGCAGCAUAGCUGAUGGAAAGUAAAGAGCAUUAAAAAAAUGUAAAUAAAUAAAACAAUUAUGGCUAUAUUUUGAGGGUUUUUUUCUCAUUAUUCUGAAGUCUCUUUAAUUUUUCUUCUACAAGAAAAAUGUUGCAAUGUGGACAUUGAUGAAACAGUUACACAUCAAAAGUUCAGUAUUAUUUUGUUUCCUGUAACCUUCACAAACUCUAGUUGCCAUGGCCCAUGAGCCCUGACUGCUUGCACUAAGAGUGGAAUAAUUGCUAAUACUUUUUAAUAUAUAACAAGAUCCAACUAAUAGCGUAUAAUUGAUUUUUCGUUUCAACCAACACUUAAAAAUGUAUCAUUUCAAAAGUCAUGUGUCUGAUCUGCAUCAAAAUUUGAAAGAUAAAAAUGCUUAAGUUGUCUACCAAAUAAAGCUUUAAUAAAUCUGGGAACUGGUGAAAAAUGACAUCAAAAGUUAAAAACCAAAACCAACAACACUGAAGUCAAUUUAAAAAGGGUAAAAUGGCUGUUUAUUAAUAAGGCAAAAAAUCAUAAAACUCAUAAAAUCCAUGUGUUUUCUUUGUAUAAAUCAUCAAUAAUAUUUAUAAUGUCAAAAUUAUGUAUCACAGGACAAAAAUUUUAUGUAGUAAAGGGAUUUUAUUUUAAAAAUAGGUUGAAUUUUUAUUUUCAUUAAACCAAUAACUUCUACUGAAAUUUGACAAUUUAUUGUUGAAUAUUAUAAUACAGCACAAUUUAUUUAACUGAAAGGUUUCAAAAUCUUUGUAAAAUGUGUACAUUUGUCCCCUGUUUUCUUUAAAUUCCAUGAAUGCAUUUUAGCACUGACUUUUUGAGACACAUCUUUGAUAGGGAAAUCAACAUGUUUAUUUUUAAGGGUAUAUUAAAAAAUUUUUUUCUUCUUUCUAAAGCUUAUAAAAAUGUUGAAUUUUUCCAUGUGUUCGUUAUUACAUGCUCAUUCAACAAUUGUGUAUCCCUCUGUAGCAGGAAAGACAGUUUUAUGCAAUAUUUUCUUUUCAAAACAUUCCUUCAAAUUUUAGAUUUUAAAAAAAUAUUAAAAAAUUGAAUACAUGAAAAUGUAAUUAAUCAAUACACAACCAAUCAAUAGAUUAUGAGCUGGUCAGAUAAACAUAAAUGUUCUGAAGUGGUCAAUAAAGAUAACAGUAGAGACAAAGAGCCUUUGGUCAAUAAACAUGGUAUGUGUUUAAGAGUUUUAACAGACGAGGCAAGUAAGGUCUUUUCAAAAUUAAUUUUUUUUUUAAUUUGAAAAAAAUUAACAAUUAUAUUAAAAAAAUGUAUUUAACAACAGCUAAGCUUAUACAGUCUAGUCUGUUGGUAAAAUAAUUGUGUCUAAUUGUAUCAGAACCAUUACUUGACAUCAACAUAAUGAUGUGAAAACAAGUUUUUUAAAGUGUUUUGAUAUGCACAAACAAUUCAUAUAUCAAUUUACACUAAUUAUUUUUUAAAUAGAUUUUCACAAUAAAAUGUUUUUAAAAAAUGUUACUUUUUAUCAUUUUAUUUUUGAACAAUAAUUGUUGCAUGGUUUAAGUUUCAAUUUGUAAUUAUAUUUAACUAGUUUCAGAAAAUAAGAUAAGAUUAUUUUAUUAAUCUAAAUAAAUUGAUUUUUUUUAUCACAUUGUACAUAUUUAUUUUUAGCAUACAAAUAAAUACAUAUUUGAACACAGACAACAUUUUACAGUUAUAACAAUUCAAACCCAAGACAUUAAACUAAAAAUCUGUUCACAAGUUCUGAUCAGCUGGCUGGUAUGGGUUAAUGUCUAAGUCUUGUAUUCUACACAUCAGCAACCAGUUCUCAACUUUUCUUUUGGCCACUGCCAUAUCAACAUCCGAUAAGUUUGCCU